UUAUUUACUUCAGUUGUGUGUUCAUCUUCCUUCAGUAAUUCAUCGAAAUUUAUGUCGAAAUAAGUUAUUUAUUUUAGUUUUAUUUUUAUCAAAAACGACUAGAAGUAUAUCCAUUUUGGAUCAAAGAGUUUGCAUAAUAUAUACAUAUUUAUAUAUACGAUAUAUACGCAUAUACAGAAUGGGCAUCUGCUGGAGUUGGGUGCGCGAGCUCAUCUGCCAUUUCGUGGAGGCCCACCUGGUGAUACUGAUGUGGGCGGUGAGUGGAGCAGUCGUGAUGCUCUACAAUUUUCACUCGACCUUCUGCCUCAUCGAGCGCUUCAGGAAGUGCGCGCUCAAUGAGGAGCAGGAGAACACAGAUAUGGACACUGACGAGUGUAAUGACGACGAUGAUGCGGCUGAGCCGACGCCUGCCCUGGACUACGGCGCACAGAACGGCCCACACGCUUGGCAAACGGCCUUGAACAAUCAGAGUCCCAUCAACAUCGACACGCAGGAUGCUGAGCAGAUCUGCAUGGGCUUGUCCCUGAUGUGGGUGGGCUACGACGAGCUGCCCGUGGGCAUACGGCUGGAGAACAACGGGCACACCCUGCUGCUGAGGGCCUGCUUUGAGGGCGACACUCCGUUCGUCGAUGGGGCCGAUCUGCUGUGCUCGUUUGCGUUCCACGAGAUCAGCUUUCGCUGGAGCUGGCACGAGAACGCCACCGGAUCGGAGCACUCGCUGAACAACGAGCACUUCCCCCUGGAGAUGCAGUGCCUCCACACGAGCAGCAAUGAGGGCGACGAGGUCUCCAGUCGCAGUCUGCUGGUGAUCUCCUACAUGUUCGACAUAGCUGCUGAGAAUCCCUUUCUCGACGUGAUCGUUCAGUAUCUGGUCGCCGUGCAGCGCGCCGGGCAGUGCGUGGAGAUACCACCGUUCCCGCUGAACUAUCUGAUGCCGGCGUUCUACACGGACUUCUACAGUUAUCACGGCUCGCUCACUGAGCCGCCCUGUCAUCGCGGUGCCGAGUGGUUCAUCAAUCCGCUGCCCCUGGCCAUCAGCGAGCGGCAGCUUCACGAGUUCCGCAAGCUGCGCAGUCGCAGCGGCUCUCGCAUCAGCAGGAAUGCACGACCCGUGCAGGAGCUGGGCAACCGGACGGUCUCGUUCAACUGCUACAAUCCAUUCGACGAGUAGGGCCGACGGGGAGUGUACCGUAUUCGAGGGAAUGAAACCGGAAUAUGUAAAAUGCUCGAUAUGUGUACAUGUAUUCAAAUAUAGUUAGUGUGAGGCGCAAAAUUUAGUUAACGGGAAUAAGAGUUUAUAUAGAGCUGGAAGAUAAGAGCUGUGAAAGAGAGAGAGAGAGGGAUCAAGUUAAUGAAAGAUAAAGAGAAAGAAACUGAGAGAUGGGUAGGUGGAUAGUUAGAGGGAGAACAACACAUCCUAGUAGCUCCUGGAAUAUACCAAAACUGAAACUGAGGGAGGGUCAGGUAGGGAGUUAGAGCAGAUCCUAAAGGUUCCUAAUAGAUGUACUACUAGGGAAAUGAACUAAACUGACAUCCUUUUCGCAUAAUCUGAGGCCUACGUAUCGAAUUUGAUUUCUGAAUCUUUUAUUGUUCUCGAGUUUUGUUACAAUUGACUUUAUUUGAGGAAAUUCUCUUUCAAUGUUCAACGUUAAUUUUUUAAGUUUAUAAAAAUGUUUGUGAUAUUCCGCCCGAUUUCUGAAGCUCGUUAAAUUCAGUCCAAUCAUAGUUUAAAAUAAAGUGCAAUUAACGUCAUGUAAA